AUGCACAUGCUUAACACAAGCCCCGAACCAAGGUCACCGCACGCCCACGUCGUGCCAAGACCGUAUGAGAUAGUGUACUGGAUAUCACACUUUGUAAGAGCUCUCUCUGUGUGUGUGUGUGCCUCUCUCUGUCUCUGUCUCUCUCUCUGUCUCUCUGUCUCUCUCUGUCUCUCUCUCUGUGUCUUUGCUUCUCUCUUCUCUGGCUGUGAAUCAAAGUUGUCAAAGUUGUCAAAAGAGUCUGGGGUGAAUGUCGCGCAAACGCGUCUCUGUUUGUUGGGAGUGAAUUGCAUUCGGAGCUUCGAGCUGAGACGAGGCAGACUACACAAAACCAACGGCGUCAUGGCGACCCUGAACGGCGGCGAGGAGUUCACCUGGCUCAACUUCUUUCUCAAUGCUGGCAUUCCUGAGGCGCAUGCCCUGAGCUAUUCGGAUGUGUUUGAGGAUAAUCGCAUCACGCCGGCCAUGAUUGAUGAGCUCAGCCGCGAGAUCCUUCAGGAACUUGGUGUGGCCAUCAUGGGCGAUGUCAUUGCCAUCCAGAAAUAUGCCAAGGAGUAUAGCGAGGCCCGCAACCCUCCCAAGGACUCGGUGGAUGUUAAUCAAUUCAUCGCGCUGCAGCAAGAAUACCAGCAGCUGCAACAGACAACUGAAAUGCAGCUGAGCAAAUCGCGCGAUCGCGAGAACAAACUUUUGGCAGAACUGAAACGUGCGCGCUCAGAUAUUCAAAAGCUGCGCGAACAGCUGGGGUCACGCAAAUCUAGCGGCUUGUCGGCGCCAUCUGCUCCAACCUCCGUCUCCAUUGCCCUGAGCGAGCUGAACAAGGUGACGGGCGAUGGCACCAAGACCAUCACGGCUGAGGCGCGCAAGCGCUCCCUCGCAAACUCCAAUCAAAGCAGUCGCAAGUCCACUUCCAAACCCACCAUCGUUCGCAGCUCCUCCGUGGCAACGGCCAGUCCCAUUAUUGUCGCAUCGGCCAACCCGGCGCCCAAAAAAUCCAAGAGCAGCAUCUUUGACCGCAUCUCCGGGUCUGAGGCCGGCAAAACUGCUUCUGAAAGCAAGAACAAAGGACAAACAGCCCCAAAAGCUAAAAAGUGGGUACCUGGUCUGUGCGCUCAUGAGCCACGCUUAUUGAUGGCAUGUUCACAUGUGGUUGGAUUGCAUGGCUUGACCAUCAACAUGAUCGACUCUGACAUGACGCAUGCACCCGUGGCCCCUGUAGGAGCGAGCCUCAGAUUGUGCGUACUCUGA